GUGACUAAAUACACUGCAACUUUUUUAAUACUGAACCAAUUUCUUCGAGUAGCAACUAUAAAUGACAAAUUUUAUCCAGAACGCCUACUUUCCUAGUAAAGAAAUGAUAACAAUUACCAAACGUGAAAAGGCGAAAAGACAUUUUACUGGAAAAGCUUUGAAAAAUGUAGUUACCCAAAUAUUAGAUCAUUCUGAGCGUCAUGAAAUAUACCAAAGAAAUUACAAAGCUAGUCGCAAAGAAAUUGUGAAAUUGAACGAACUUGGAAAGGCGAGAAGACGUCUUACUGGAGAAGCUAUAAAAAAAGUACUUACCCAAAAAUUAGCUGAAAAGUUCUCGACUGACAAGAUGUAUGUUCAGAGAAUUUGCACUUUGAUAGGAAUGUGGAUUAGUGUAAAAACGUCUUUACUAACGUCUUACAUUAUAGAAUCUGACGCUUGUGUAAUAGAUUACGAUGUCUAUCGUUCUGUAAAAUACAGGCCAUUGAAGGGCAAAUGGUGUCAAGUAAAACUCUUUUACAAAGACAAAAAAAUAGAAGAACUAAAAGUACAACUACUCAAGGAUCAUUUCCUAAUUGAGGAACAGAACCGGCUUAACAAUUUAGACUAG